AUGUGGGCCCGAACGGUGCUACGCUGUGUGCCUAGCCUGUCCUCAGCUGUAGGGUCUGUAUGUACCGGAUAUCGGACCUCCGCCGUGACCAGGAGGAGAGCCUGUGUCCUGCCGAGGAUCUGUCCGUACAGCACCUGGGAUCAGUAUACACCGAGCUCAGAGGCAGCCGGACCGUCCAGUGACUGGAAGGAGGAGGAGAAUGGAGCUGAGGAUCUGCCAGAGUUUAACAUCAAAGUACUGGUGAAAUUAUUGCAGCAAGAAAAUGCCAAAGAUCUGUGUGUCAUCAAACUUCCUCUAGAGAUGAAAUAUGCUGAAUAUUUUGUUAUUGUUGGAGGAACCUCAACAAGACAUCUCAAAGCCUUGGCAGAGUAUACUCUGAAAGUGUACAAGUAUUUGAAGAGAGACACUGAGUCACAUGUUUGUCUAGAGGGAAAGGACACAGAUGACUGGAUGUGUAUAGACUUUGGUGAAAUUGUGGUUCACUUUAUGCUGCCAGAAAUUAGAGCGACCUACGAAUUGGAGAAAUUGUGGACUUUGCGAUCACAUGAUGAUCAGUUAUUGCAGAUAACACUAGAGACUUUACCAUCAGACUUCACAUUCGGACUUCAGAAGAAUGAAUGA